AUGCCUUCCUCCACACCCGCGCCUGCACCACCUCCUGUGCCUCCUUCAGCGGCUGCACCUCAACCACCCUCUCCUCCUGCACCGGCGCCUUCAGCAAGCAUUGAGUAUGCUCCUUCUCCUGAGGCGCCUGUUGGAGCCGCUGCACCUCCUCCCCAGGAACAAAACAAUUUUAUGGCGGCAGCCGGCGGAGGUGCGAAUCGCCCUCCAACUGGUGGCCCAGCCGCGGCCCGCCCUGGUGGGCGACUUGACCCAAAGCAGAUAAAAGACUUUCAGCCGGUGACCCCAACCAGGGCGAACACCAAACCUAUUUACGGGGCUGAAAUCAAACCAAUCGACGAGCCGAAGCAUCGCUUUGAUAAUUUUCAAUAUCCCCCCAUCACCGAUGAUGGUUGGGGCAUCACCGCACUCGACGGAACACUUAAUCAGUACCGCGACCAUCUCGGCUAUCGCUGGUCAAAGUAUUGUGGGUUGCGAAAUGCAAUUGACCAAAACGAGGGAGGAAUGGAAAAAUUUUCUCGAGGAUACGAAGUCAUGGGUUUCACCCGAAACGAGCAAGGUAUUACCUAUCGCGAGUGGGCGCCCGGCGCGAAGGCAGCGUGCCUUUUUGGUGACUUCAACGGUUGGUCUACCGGAGCUGAGGGUGUUUGGAUGACCAAGAAUGACUACGGCGUGUUCGAGGUGUUCCUACCUAACCUUGCGGAUGGUUCUCCCGCAAUUCCCCACGGCACACGCGUCAAGGUGCAUCUGGAAGUUGAAGGCCAGGAACCUGUUGACAAGAUUCCCGCGUGGAUAAAAUUUGCUGUUCAGGCACCAGAUGAGAUUCCUUUCAAUGGGAUAUAUUACGACCCGCCACCCGAGGAAGUGUAUCAGUUCAAGUAUGCACGGCCCAAGAGCCCGGACGAGCUCCGAAUCUAUGAAGCGCACGUUGGCAUGUCGUCAAUCGAACCAAAGAUAAAUUCUUACGUAGAGUUCGCCGACGACGUCAUCCCCCGUAUUGCGCAGCUAGGGUACAACGCCGUGCAGCUGAUGGCUGUACAAGAACACGCAUAUUAUGCAUCUUUUGGAUACCACGUCACCAAUUUUUUCGCCGUGUCAUCUCGUUGUGGCACGCCAGAUGAGCUCAAAUACUUGAUUGAUACGGCACAUUCUUACGGCGUUGCCGUUCUUAUGGAUAUCGUCCACUCUCAUGCGUCUUCCAAUGCCACUGAUGGAAUAAACAUGUUCGACGGAACUAACGGGCAGUAUUUCCACGACGGUCCACAAGGGUAUCACUGGAUGUGGGACUCGCGCUGUUUCAACUAUGGCAGCUGGGAAGUAUUGCGCUUCCUGCUCUCCAAUCUCAGGUAUUGGAUGGAAGAGUUCAAAUUCGAUGGUUUCCGUUUCGACGGCGUGACCUCGAUGAUGUACUCGCACCACGGCCUGCAGAUGGCCUUCACAGGGGAUUACGGUGAGUAUUUCGGCAUGUCAACGGACGUAGAUGCUAUGGUUUAUCUCAUGCUGGCUAAUGAUAUGCUCCACACCCUUUAUGCUGGGAACUGUGUCACCAUCGCUGAAGAUGUUUCAGGCAUGCCAACCCUCGCUCGACCCGUGAGUGAAGGUGGUGUUGGGUUUGACUAUCGCUUGCAGAUGGCGAUUGCAGACAAGUGGGUCGAGGUUUUAAGUGAGUGGGGCAUGGAUGACGCAUGGGAUAUGGGUAACCUCGUUCACACUCUUGAGAAUCGAAGGUGGGGUGAAAAAUGCGUUUCAUAUGCCGAAUCCCAUGACCAGGCGCUAGUCGGCGACAAGACCACUGCGUUUUGGCUCAUGGAUGCGGCCAUGUACACAGACAUGUCCACUUUAACACCGGAUACUCCAGUCAUAACUCGCGGAAUAGCUCUGCACAAAAUGAUUCGCCAGCUCACCAUGUGUCUCGGUGGAGAAGGAUACCUGAAUUUCAUGGGAAAUGAAUUCGGACAUCCAGAGUGGAUUGACUUCCCCCGCGGCGAUCGAAUCGAGGCUUCGACCGGGGAAUUUGUCCCAGGGAACGGAAAUUCAUACCAUCUCUGCCGCCGACGCUUUGAUUUGGCAGAUAUGGACCAUCUCAGGUACAAGUACCUCAACGCGUUCGACACAGCGAUGAAUGACGUGGCGGCGAGGUUCAAAUAUCUUUGCUCAGACCACCAAUACACCAGCUUGAAGUGCAACAACGAUAAGAUGAUUGUUGUCGAGCGAGGCGAAUGCGUGUUCGUAUUCAAUUUUCACCCGGUAAACUCUUAUGAAGGUUAUCGAAUUGGCCUAAAGCACGGUGGCCCCUGGAAGCUCGUUCUAUCUUCAGACAACCCAGAGAUGGGAGGUUACUCAAAUCUUUGGACAUACACGUGCCCAGAAAUAAUGUCAGAAGAGUGGGACUUUAACAAUCGACCCGCAUCUAUGUGUGUUUACGCACCCGCACGAUCCGUGUCUGUUUACGCACCCUCGGAGAGUGUCCGGAUGAAAUAUGGUGCGUGAGUGCUGAGCCAUCCUGUCUGACCGAUUUUUUGCUCUGCUUGGAACCUCUCUUUUGGCUUUCAGAAGAGCCUUUGUUAAAAUAACGUCAUUCAUCGGUUUCUGUAACAUCGAUGGCAGCACUGGGCUUUUUGACAUUUUAAGCAGACGUGCAGGAAACAUGCGUCUCUCCGCGCGAUUUUAGAAACUCUGUGAUCUUUGUAAAACACCUCAGUGUCAACUUAUUGAAAAUGGGCCGAACUGUGUGGGGUGUAUAUGUGGUUUGAGCCGUGCGGGCUGAUAGAUUUUUCAUGUCGACCCGUGAACACGUGUUUACACGCGAUGUGAGUCUUGGCAUACAAGUUCAUUCCCCCCUCCUCGCGGCUCGCUUCUCCCAGUACUGCCUUGAGACUUUUUUGGUGAUGCCCUGGGAGGAAAAAGUGCUACAGCUUGAAGACUGUUCGUAAAACCACAAUAUGAAACUAGCGAGAAGUUGGCUCACCAUAAAAUAUUGUGCUUUUCUUGCGGGCGGAGCUUUCGAAGCUUGUUUUUUAAUGCUCUGUAGGGCCGCUGAUAAUACAUCUUUCGGGAGGACAGAGAAGAAGGAUUUCAAUUGGUCAUCAAAGUCUGUCAGCUUCAAGACCCCAUCACUCGUGUUGCAGAUAUCAUUCACAAGAUUUUCAACAGUGUCCGUGCCAGUCAGCUGCUUAACAAAUCCUGACCCAUUCUUGAGACCAUUAGAGCUACGAUCGGUCGUUGAAUCCACGUAAACCUUGCGCCUGCAAUCCUCAACCGACACUUU